AUGGCCGCAAUGCACGAUCAAAAGUUGCAAAAACUGAAGAACGAGUUUCGAGUUUUGAGAGUUGAAGAGAAGAUCGUCGAGAGCAUUUACUACGGAACAUGCCGGAAUUACGAGAAGAGCCGACAAAAGAUCAUUGCGUUGCUGGAAAAGAAUGAGGCUAAGGUACGCGUUUUUCGGAGAUGUUCAUUUUCACAAAAAAAAGGUUAGUAACGCCAAAAAUCAAGGAGUUUCAGUCGAUUUCGUUUUUCGGACUUUAUGACGCUGUUUAGGAACAAUGUUACUUGUUGCGCAAUCGAUUACAUAGAAUUCAUUGAUCGAGUUUGAGUUUGAUACCUAUCUAUCAUUUUCUUUCCGUAUUUGAGUUCAAUACUAGAACCUGAAGCCAUUCAAUGGCUACUAGGAAUGUAUAAGUGAGAACAGAGCGAAGAAAAACGCUUGAUCAGUCCCUAAAUAUAAUUUUUGAGAAACACGAUGUGCAACACUCUCGCAUUUUGUUAUUUAUCUAACGGCGGCCUAGUAAGAUUGAUAUGACACCUAAUUAGAUUAAUAAAUCUUCUAGCUAGAUUAAUAAAUCUUCUAGCUAGAUUAAUAAGUGCUCAAAUCAAGUUUCACGCCAACCGUUUGUUGGCUCAAAUCUUGAUUGCGCCAAGAAAAAACAGUCGAAUCUAAUGAGGCCGCGUUUAGAUCAGUAACUUUCUAAUUAGAUUAAUAUCGAGUUGCCAGAGCAGGCGGAUGUAACUUUUUAAAGCUUAAAAGCACUCAUUUUUCAGAUUGACGAAAAAACCACGAAAGAUCUCUACGCCGAGUUCGUUCAAGAGGGCGAGUACGGAGUGAUGAAGGAGUGGAUCUAUGAGAAGUACGUGCUUAACGAUAAGGAUUUGUCAAGAACAAAAGAAGUACUCAAUGAGGACAUCGUAGUUAGGAAAAACAUUAAGAAGGCGUAUGCUGAUCUGAAAAAUGCCGCCAGUAGCAAUCAGAAACGUUUGAUUUUUGAAAAAAUCUACGGAUUGAUCUACGCACGUAAUAUCGCUCUCGAAUCGUUACAAAGUUAUACUCGCAAAGAUCUGUGGAUCGACGUGCAUUGGUUCACAACGAAACACGUGGCGGAGUACUGCGCCGAACUACUGAAUGCAAUUGAGAAUCUGAAAACCGGCACUGAUCCUCAUCCUCUGAGAAGUGAGUUGUUGAAAAGUGUUACGGUUCUGUUCUGAUAGAGAUCGGAUAACUGCAGAAGUCAAGAUUAUCAUCGGAAAAGGGAAACACUCGGAGACGAACGACAACUUUCUGAAGACGGCAGUGAAGAAGUUCAUGAGCCAGAAUGGGAUCAAGUUUUCAAUGCUGCCGGAGAAUAACGGAGUCAUCGUGUGGGAUAUAUACCAAAAGACUCUGUAA